AUAAUUUAACAGAGUUCAGUAGAACUGUCAGCUGUUUAACAGAUAGACUAGAUAUUCUCAUUAAUAAUGCCGGAAUAUCACCUAAAGCAACCAGAAUAAACUUAGUUAGUCCGGAGCAAAUGGAACGUACCCUUCAUACAAACCUGAUUGCACCUCUUUUUAUUACUAAAGCUUUAAUAAAUAUUCUCGCUAAACCAGUGGAGGGACCUGGUUCUCUGGUAGUUAAUAUAUCCAGUAUACUAGGAUCUAUAGCAGAAAAUACAAAACAGGGCGGUCUGUAUCCAUAUAGAUGUUCUAAAGCUGGAUUAAAUGCACUUACUAGAUCUCUUAGUAUAGAUCUUAAACAUCAGAAUAUAUCAGCUGUAAGUAUACACCCAGGCUGGGUUAAAACAGAUAUGGGAGGAAACAAUGCCCCUCUCACAGCAGCUCAAUCUAUUCAAGGUGUGCUUUCAUUCCUAGACGAAUUUAAACCUGAAGAACACAAUGGAAACUUCUAUGACAAUAUUGGAAACCCACUGCCGUGGUAAUAAGAAAAUACAGUGUCAAAACAUGGUCAAAACCUGCCGCCAUUUUGAAAUACUGUACACUGUACAGUUUAUUGUGUACACCACACAGUACAUUUUUAAGUGUUAUCUGAACAAUGUACACUAUAGAGUAUUCAUUGUCUAAAAAGAUAAAAUAUAAUUUUCCUCAUCUUAAAUAAUAUUUCAGAA